GCACAUUAUCGAAAUGUGAAUUUGGCAGCAAAUUCUUACUUUGUGCCCGAAUCAAAUUCUACUAGAUACUUGAACUAUGGUGCUGCAGUUUAUCCAAAUUCGCAUGUUUCUCAAUUUAGCAGCAAUCGGAUUAGAUUAGUCUCUCAGGUGGAGGUAAAUGUCUUAACUGGUGAGACAAUAAUAUUAAGAGCAGACAUCGUGUAUGAUUGCGGCCAGAGCAUGAACCCAGCUGUGGAUUUGGGACAGAUUGAGGGGGCGUUUGUACAAGGGCUCGGAUUUUUCAUGCUAGAAGAAUACUCAUUCAAUUCAGACGGUUUGAUGGUUGCUGACGGGACAUGGACGUACAAGAUCCCGACCAUUGAUACUAUCCCUAGAGAAUUCAACGUCGAAAUAUUAAACAGCGGACAUCACCAGAAACGGGUCCUCUCGUCUAAAGCUUGUGGCGAGCCGCCGCUGUUUCUGGCAGCAUCAGUGCACUGUGCCACGCGGGCAGCGAUUAAGGAUGCAAGAAAACAACUCAAGUCGUGGGGAGGAUUGGAAGGCGCUGAGUCGACAUUCCAGCUCGACGUGCCAGCUACUAUGCCCGUCGUUAAGGAGCUCUGCGGCAGCAGCAAGUACAGAAAGGACUUCAAGUCCGGGAAGGGCUCAGUUGAAAAGAGAGUUCAGAGGACCAAGCAAGGGAGUCAAGUCCAACGACACACAGAG